GGCGAUCUUCUUUUUCAAAUUCGCUGCUGUAUUCUCCAUCUUUAUGACCCUGACCAUUUCGCUUUCUCUGAUCCAGCAGGUUCAGCCAGUCCUCCUUAACUCGAGGUAUAUCUUCCAAUCCCGCGAGAACAAUGCGAAGAUUUACAGUUGGCAAGUGAACCCUAAGAUCCCUUCAUUACUCUUUUUGCCCAUUUAGUGCCCUUAUGGUAUGAUAAACCCUGAUUGUCAUUGUUUGAAUUAGAAAAUACCGACUUAUAAUGGUUGUCUAGGUUCGCUUGGAUGACCGCAGCCAUCGUCGUAGAGCAACCCUACGUUAUCGUAGCGGGACGUAUCUACUUCAACCAUCAGAGGUGGCGGAAAGCCGAUUAUAGGAUGUCCAGCUUCUCGUCUGGUUUUACAGUCUUAUGUAUUAUACUUGUCGAGCUUCGUUGUGUGGCUUUUAGCCAAGCUAUUGCGGUGGGUGCCAACGAGCUACUCGCCUCACUACUCGUACCUUUGCUCUUCCGCUUCCUCGUUUCGUUCUGUGGUGCUCUCGUGCCUGCCGCCUGGAUCCCUACUUUCUGGCGCGAGUGGAUGUACUGGAUUACACCCUUGUAUUACUUUCUUGAAGCGUUGCUGGGCGUUUCACUGCGACCCGUAUGUGCAACUCUAUGCUAUACAAGCUGGAUGAUGCGUGCAGAUUUCUCCCGAUGGCAUGUGCGAGUUCUGUCAGUAGGCAACAGUCGAUGGGUUUGGUAGAGGAUCUAGCGUGUACUGCACCGAUAUCAGGCGUGACUUGAGGAUUUUGUGCGGGGUUAUCAUUUUCAACUUCGUUGUGGUUUAUCUCGCUAGAUUUAGAUCCAGGGGAACGAAUCCGUUGGAGGGGUAAAAGAAAAAAAAGAAAAAGAAAAAGAAAAACCUUCAAGAAGAAGAAG